UUUCAGAAAGUAGUGUACGAAAUCAGUGUCAAUAACUCGGCUCACAUGUGAUAGCAGCACAGACCUCACUACUCUAAAUUUUCGAUUCGGCUAACAUCAUUUUUCUGUUGUUUUUUUUGGCGUAAAAUUUAAUCGUUUUUCGAAGAACCCUCCGAUUUCAAAACCGUUGAAGAUGUGCGACAAACCCGCCUGUCCCCCACCCCCGCGAUGCUGUCCUCCACCACCGCCCCCCUGUCGUCCGCCGCCCACCUUGUGGCAGAAGUUGAACUGCGUGCCCUGCAACCGAUUCUUCUUCUUCUUGAUCGGGGCGGGAAUCGGGUUAUACUGGGAUCAGCUGAAGAAGGAGGCCCAGAAGGCCGCCGAGGAGGCGGCCAAGUCGCCCAAGGAGAAGGAGAAGGAGGCCAAGGAGCGCGAGAAGAAGCAGAAGGAGAAGGAGAAGGCCGACAAGGAGAAGGCCAAGGCCGAAAAGGACAAGGCGGAGAAGGAGCGGAAGGAGAAGGAGAAGAAGGACAAGGAGAACAAGGGCAAGGAGAAGGGCAAGGAGGCCAAGUAACGCUAAGGAUCCCCAAGAUCCCCCGGAGAUGUCAAGGAGCAGUAUACCUUACCCCAAAAUUCCAGUCACCAAUCGUUUCUACA